CCAAUGAGCUCUCUGGACUUGCCCAGGCAGAUGACGGGCAGCAAGGUCAAGGAGAAGGGGAUGCCGGGGUCUGCUGGCCGAACACCCCCCCAGGGUCAGUCCAAGCAGGACCUCCCCACCAAGCUCCGUGAGACGCUAAGGGCUCACUCCACCCCGCUGGCCCAAGCUCUGGCGGACGCCGACCCCCCGCAAGCGGGGACAGUGACCAAGGAGGAUUUUAGAGGCAUCUGCAGCCUUCGAUUCCCACUCUGGAGUGAUGAACAGUUUGAGAACCUGUGGAGCCACAUGCCACUCGACACCAGCGGGAAGCUGAAAUACCGUGACUUUUUGGCCAAGUUCUGCAGGAAAACGGCGACCCCACCCCUAACCUCCACCGACCCUGCUGGGGUUCCUGAGAGAGGCUCCAAGCCUGCCUCUCUGUCGGGGGGCAGCACCAGAUCUCCGCAGUCCAAAACUGCACCUGCUCCGACCAGCCAUUCCCAGACGCCGGAGCGUCCAGUGUGUCCAGAGCGCCUGGUGCCUUUGUCAGCUGCCCAGACCCAGGUACCACCCCUGCUGGCCUGUAAGUCCAGCGAAUGGAAGCUGAGAAAUAAAAUUCAAAGCUGCUGGAAGGCCCUGCUGAAAGAAUGCUCAGGCAAAGAUCUUGACCAACAAGGAGAAAUGGCCACCGCAGAUUUCUGGGCUGUAGCAGAGAAGUUUGGCCUAGACCUCAGUAAAGAUGAUCAGCAGCAGCUUACGGCCAAAUACGACAAGAAGAGCAAUGGCCGGUUCGCCUACUGUGACUUCCUCCAGGGCUAUGUGCUGCUGUUCACGGCCAAGAAGCCUUCACUGCUCCGAAGGCUUAAGAUCCAGAAGUUCCCCACGCUGGAGGGCCCCAGUCCCCAGAGUCCGAAGCUUUUCGCCGCCCUACUCCGGAUCCAGCCCCAAAUCCUGCACUGCUGGAGACCUCUGCGACGCACCUUUAAACACUAUGACCAGGCCAGGACGGGGAUGAUGGACGUGGCAGAUUUCAGAGAGGUUCUGCAGCAGUAUGGGAUUAGCCUCUCCGAGGAGGAGUUCUUUCACGUUAAGGAAUAUUAUGACAGAACCUUAUCUUCCAAAAUAGCUUAUAAUGACUUCUUGCGUGUGUUCCUUCAGUAGGUCAUGAUCUGAGACCAACUCAGGCAUCCUUGGCCCCUUGGAACUGUGGGCAGUGGGCCUGGCUCCUGAUUUAUCUCUAAAUUUAUUUCGUGACAAAUAAAAUCAAGAAAAUGCA